UCUGUCCAAACAGCAUGAAGACAAGAUCUAAGGACGCCAUUUUAACCUUCACAGACAUCUGCUUGACCUUGAAAGAAAAAACGAUUUUAACAAACAUAAAUGGAAAAGCUAAAAGUGGACAGAUGUUGGCCAUCAUGGGCCCAACAGGGUCGGGAAAAACUUCUCUUCUUAACGUUUUGGCGGGAAAUCUUACACUGACAUCAGGAACGAUAACUCUGAAUGGGAAUCCCUUCACAAAACUCCAGCGGCGGAAAUUGGCGUAUGUUCUCCAGAGUGACACAUUUUUGUCUAGACUGACGCUAAGGGAAACUCUCUAUUUCACCGCCAUGAUACGACUUCCGGAUAGCGUGUCGAAAGCAGCGAAAAUGGCGCGAAUCGAUGAAAUUGUAGAUGCACUCCACCUACGUAAAUGUUUGGACACUGUGAUUGGGGAUUUCAUGCACCCCGGACUAAGCGGAGGAGAGAAGAAGCGUGCGAAUAUUGCAUGUGAACUGCUUACAGAUCCUAACAUUAUGUUGAUAGACGAACCCACUUCCGGUCUUGAUUCUAGCACUGCGCAUGUGUUAAUGCAGGAAUUAUGGGAUUUUGCUUCUCAGUAUAACAAGAUUAUACUGACCACUAUUCAUCAGCCCUCCAGUCACAUUUUUCACAUUUUUUCGUCCCUACUGUUGCUUGUUAAUGGUCGACCAGCGUACUUUGGCGACGCUCACAAAGCUCUCCAGUAUUUUGGUGGACUGGGCUUGAACUUUCCUGACCAUUACAACCCAUCUGAUAUCAUGCUGGAGCUUCUGACCACAAAUGCGGAAGUCGUUAAUAAAAUUCUUGAAGCAUCGGAGAAAGCUAG